GUAAAAACACCCGAGAUACUCUUUGUCACGAACGGUAUCUGUAGUUAUACACAAGUUAUUUCGUGACAUUAAAAAUAUUGAUGGGCGCGUUUCGUUCAUUUGCGUAGAACAAAAUAUAAUGACCGACUAAGCCACAUCCGACAUCAAAUUUACAUAGAAUUGUUGAAAGUGCCAACUUGAAACGUCCUAUUGUCGACAACGCCGGUUCACUCGGCCGGCUCGCCAAACUAAACACUUAAGUUUAAAUUUCAAAUGUUCCCGGAGUAACAACACUUCAUAUAUCUGCCCUCUUACAGCCAAGGAAAUUCUUGUUUUUCAGUGGAGAGCGCUGACCUGGUAAAGAUGUCCUCAAGAAUUAACGGCGGAAAGUAUGAGUUGCGAGUUGUCCACUGUCUACAGGGUCACAAAGAUGUACUGUAUUGUGCUGUAGAUCCCAAAGAAGAGACUCUCGCUACGUGUUCUGCCGAUGGAAAAAUAAAUCUUUGGACAAUUGCAACCGGGCAGAAGUUAAGAACCCUUUCAGGCGGCCAUACGGACGAAAUUACAUCGUGUGCGUUCUCUUCGAUAGGAAACAUUUUGGCGUCUUCGUCUCGAGACAAGAAAGUCAUUCUGUGGCAUUACAAGACUGGAAAACGGGCUUCUCGUUUAGGUAAAAACUGUUAUCCCUUUUUUUCUAAAAUAUCAUUUUUAUUUUUGGAAUAUAACAUUGAAAAGAAAAAAAAAAGUACGAGUUCUUAUUUGAAUCAUUUAACUCAAAACCAGAUGCGCUAUAGACAAAGUGCAUUAUGUAUUCAAUUGUUAGUGUUGACCAAGUAGAUUUUCAAUUGGCAAAAGGAUUUUCGUCAGCUAUAAUAACAAACUGAACGAUUAAAAGACGAUUUUCAGAGAUAAAAUAUUUAGCAAUGUAGGAAAAGCACUCUUUCUCAGUAGGACAAUUUGAUCAGAAAAAGUGUCGAUUUUUCAAUUUGAUGUCCGCGAAAGUGUUUCACCGCAAAAGAAAUCAACAACGAUACUGUCGUACAGCAGUCCGCAAUUCCUUGUCCGCGUCAAUACACCCUGGCCUUAAAAAAGCCAGCUUUGUUUAAAUAUAGUCUUUUCCUUCUGAAGCUGUUGGAAUCGAAUAAAUGUAGGAGGUUUAAUAAUUAAAUUUGCUUGAGGAAAACAUUGAACAUAAUACAACAUGGUUUGCAAUCGGAUGAUAAUAUUUAACUCGAAAGCGGCGGUUCAAAGCGCACCUGUUUGUCGCAGCUUAAAAUCAAAUAUUUAUCGCGCGAGGUUUGGUCACAAGUAGUAUAAAUUUACAUCACAAUUGAACCAGAGAAUUAUGUUUUGUCAGUUUUACUUUUUUCCUGGGCAAUCCUUUUUUAACAGUCUGAUUUUCUUUUUCGUUAAUCCAGAUAUAGUUAUGUCUGUUUUGCGCAAUUUCCCCCGAUUUGUAUCUUUCAUUUUCUACUAAAAAGCAUUGCUUUAGACAGAACGCUUUAAAAAAUGAAUGAAAAAUCUACUAUCAGCGAAAAAAUGCACUUUUGCGCAAGGUUACUCCUUAGAUGUUUCAAGUUAAUUGACUUAGUUGAAAGAGGAAGUUCUAAACAUAAAGGUUGAAUUAACCUGUACCAAGUAAUUAUCGCCUCUUGCCUUUACACAGAUCCAAUGGAAUUAUCUAGGUAAUUUUUUAAAAAGGCCAGCAAGGUUUAAUUUUUAUCAGCUAUAUCUCGUAAAAGUUAUAUGAAAAUUAUCUAAGAAAAUGAUCAAAAUAGUUGAAGCGAUCGACAUUGUUCUGAUUCACAAUCUUUCCUGGUUUGAUAAAACAUAUAAUCGGAAAUGAAAGCUUACCGUGGAAUAUUAGUUUUUACUUAACCCAUCUGGACUGUUAAAAAAAAAAAUGAGUACGAUUUCAAGUACUUCCUCCUUUGCAAAAAGACUUUGUAGUAGAUUCUGUUUGACACAAACAAUUCCACCUGAACGAAUAUUCCUUAAAAAAUCAACCGUGGACUUUCUUGGUCCUUUUCAUUAUAAUUGAUUCUCGAAGAACAAGACCACACAAACAAAAAUACAAUGAAACUUACUAACAUCCGAGUGUUGAUCAAACGAAACAGAGUUUAUGUCAUUCUAACACCGUAUCGUUCUGUGAUAUUAUUUUCUGUCAAGUGUUGAGGGAUUGCUGUAGUUUUGCUGUCUAUCGAUCGUGUCGAUCUGUUCACAAAACUCACACUAUCCUCUCAUCCACACCUUAGAAGAGUCGUGACUUCGUCACCGACAUUUUUACGCUCUUCAGACACUUUCUUCGUUCUUACUUGAAUGUUUUUGGUUCCUUGUAAUAUUCUCUUUCUUUACCUUGGCUGUUGUGGCUAUUUCCAUGGUUUUUACCACAUUCUGCUGAAUUUCACUCUGUUCUCUUCAGAGGUAACGAUCCACUAUUUUAUUUUACAGAGCUCCACUCAGAUGCCGUCCUUCACUGCACCUUUUCGAAAGAUGGAAAACUUCUCGCCUCCGCUUCACGCGAUAGGACCGCUCGCCUGUACAAGAUAAAACCAGGUGCAGGGGAAUUUGUUCCUGGUGGAGAGGUUAAACAACUCGUGGGGCAUACCGCCGCAGUGAAUUGUAUUCAGUUUUCGCCGGAUGCUGCUGUGGCUCUCACGGGCUCAGAUGACAUGACGAUCCGCGUAUGGAGACAGGAAAGUGACUGGAGCUGCGUGACUACUCUAGGCACAUUACCCGGACCUGUAAAGAGUAUAAUAUUUUCACCGGUCGACCCCGUGUUUGCUUCCUUAGCUGGCAACAGUGCAACAGUAUGGACUAUGCAUGGGACUAGCUAUAAUGUUGAAAACAGUGCAGACAUCAGAGGCAGCAAACAAUUGAAGGUUUGUUUGUUAGGGUUAUAAAAGAAAGCUGCUAUGCGGCACUGAGGGAAAAUGCACCUACGGCAAGCGUUGCAUCCCUUCGGUAAUUUUAAGAAUCUUCCAUGGAUAAUUCGUUCCCUCUUACCCUCUGGAAAGAUAAGGAAGUAGAAGAUAAGGUGGCCUGUCCGAUCGGCUGACUGGCCUACUCCGGAUACUUAGGUCUAAGGCUCCAUUCCUGUUAAGGGUCGCAGAGGUUUUAUUCACUUAUGAAAAACGUUUCAUUUCAUCCUCUAUGUUUGUCUUUUAUUCAGGCAAUUUCCUUUAUUCCGGACGGCAGGCACAUAGUAGGCGUGGCAAGUGAUACUACGAUCAACAUCUGGGACUCUGUGGAGGACCACGUUUGGAGCAGUUGGAAGGAUACUAGGUACGGUAUUGCUUAGUUUGUUCGGGAUGUCUAUACCUUGUCACACCUGAUUUUAUCUUCUCAUCACCGUCUGUUUUCACCACAUCAGUGGGCGCAUUAGGAGAUCACUUUCUCCAAUAAUCACUCUCUAUGCUGUGCCCCCUUCCACGACACAUUUCAGCUCAUCCUUUCCAACUUAUUUCUCCUCCUUUCCGCUUUUUUUCUCCCAGCGGAGCUUGCUAGUGUUUCAUUUUAUGCUAGAAAACAGUCGUUUUCACUCUUCCAGAGCAAUUAACCUAACAGAGACCAGUUCCAUGUGGUUCUGUUUCAUUCGUCUUUCUCAUCUCGACCACGCUCAUUUUUGUCGCUAUUUCUUGCCCUCUUUAUCCAUCUCAGCCAUUGGCAUCAGCACAUGGUCAGAUGUCGUUCAUUAGCCAGUGUUAUCUUAAAUGUCACACAGCCAUGAAGACGUAGAUCUUUGUACAGUCUUGGAUAAGCGCAUCUUGGUGUCAUCUCGGGAUUAACUUUUGGAUAAUAAUCCGGAAAUAAGCACAAUAUAUUCAGAAAGAAUUCAACAAAUCGUGUCUCUCAAAGUAAACUCCAAGUAGUUAUUUUUCUAGCUGUCUUCAAAAUUUUGCACCCAUGAAACUUGAUAAUUGUUUUACUUAAAUUGCUCUUGAUUUCGUUUCAGCUCCAAUCAACAUACCGGUGCAAUCUUAACGUGCUGUUUCGCUGGAAGAAAUUUUAUUUCUGCCGAUGACACUGGAUGUGCAUUAGUUUGGGAGCUUAUUGAGAGCAAUACAAAGUAGCUCAGAACAACUAUGACUGCGACUCAGUCAGGCUUUGUAAAACAUUCUGGAAGAUAAUUAUCUUCAAAGCAUCCCUUAGAUAAAGAACUAUCAAUUGAAAUAAGCUCUUCGCCGCACACUGUUGGAAAAAAAGUCCGCAAAUCUUUCAUCUUACUCUGUCCAGCGCAUAAAUGAAGACAGAAAUAAUAUUAUCCGCAGGCUACCCAACCAUCAUCGAUAUGCAUCUCUAAAUACGGUUACCUGUUGAAAAAUUGUUUGAUGAGCUUUAUCGCUGUAAAUAUAUGAAGUAUGUAAAAGAUGAUGUAAAAGAGAAAAAUAAUAUAUAACCUGAGCAUG